AUGGACCCCGCCAGUAUGGAUUAUACAAUGCAGCACCCUGAUCACCACCACCCACAUUACCACCAUCACCACCAUCAUCACCACCACUACCAAACUGGUCCCUCAUCUGCCGCCGCGGCAAAUCGAUGCCCCGCGCUUCGUGCGGCUGCUGAGCAGCGUAAUAUCCAGCUUCCUCAAGUUUCGUCGACCAGAAGCACUGUACAAUAUGACCCAGUGCACGGCCACAUUAACAACCGGAAUCUUUGGCAGUCGAGGAGUCCGCAGAACUGGCGGCCGGCUAUCAUUCCGCCUUAUCCGCAGGAUCCAUUAGCAAUGGGCACAUUUUCACCACCCUUUACGGCCUCCAGUCAACCCUCACAAUCGCAGUUUCCAGCUUGUCCCAUACCAAGCGGGCCAGAUGCCCACCCGCAAACCAAUGCUUUCCAGCAAUUUCGGACCACGAUGCAUCCUGCACCUCGCCUUCAGGGUCAACUUGGCUACGACAAUCUAGGGGGGUUUGGGGCGAGCUCGAAUUCAAACCAGCCUAAUACACAGCAACCCUUAAGGCCGCUCGUCCAAAGAGCGAAUACUAGUUUACCUUCAGCGGCUUCGCUACUUCCAGCUCCAGCUCCGCAAAUUUCACCUUCCAGACAGUCCACCACCCCAAGGCAGAUGGGUCAGGCAACAUCUUUUGGAAACGAAAAUAGUCGCCCCGGACAACAGCUUCCUAGUUUCCUUCCUAACAUGUUGACGCAUCAAGACGCAUCGCAGCCUUUCCCUCGCCAAACGCCGGACUCUGUGCCACAAACUACUGCGCAUACCGAAGAAAGUAGUGCAGCUUCACACAUUCCUUCGGGAACGACGUCAACCGUACCACAGCGUAUUAGCGACCGCGUCAUGAACCCAGUCGAGAUACGCCGAGCCACCACUGCGGCCAUGAGUCGAUCCAGGCGAGUUAUGUCGCGAUAUACUGCUUCACCACCGUCGGAAUGGUUGUAUGAGAGCAAUCCACUGCAGGUUCGACGGGCGGAUGUCAGUUUGGUGGAGUAUGUUGAGAACUAUCCAGCGGCGGUUUCGGAUGGAGAGGGACCGGUUACUGGCCGAUUCAUGCGAGGUGGGCCUGCGAAAAGAGUAGCUUCAAAAAGAGCCCUGGCAUCUCUACAGAGCGUCAAUAUAGCAGACCUACCAGAGAGUGAGAGAACUUGUGUAAUUUGUUACAACGAUUUUGGAGUAGCAAAUCCUGAGGGCGUUAAUGAGGCGCCACUCAGACUACCCAAGUGUAAGCAUGUAUUUGGUGAUCAUUGCAUCAAGAAAUGGUUCAAAGAGUCCGAUAGCUGUCCCUACUGUAGGGAUAAGGUUCAUUCUGAGCUCCAGACCGUGUCUGCCCGGCGCAACCAUGCAGGUAGUCGUUUUCCGUACCAUAUGACAGCCCAGUAUUUGCAGGAGUAUCAAGGUUAUCAAGGACGUGAGCAAGCCCGGCCACACGAUCGUGAUCCUUCAGAAUCAGACUCGUCGAAUCAGCCUGGACAGUCCACCGCUACCAACGCUACGGAUCGUGUUCGUCAAUUUCCUGUGAGACCUGACAGUAGUAUGCGCCAUUCAGUACGACUACCAUGGAACGCGGGCUAUGAACGCCGCUCACCGCCUGCUGCCGACAGUCGUCGUAGGGCUCGACAACGCGCGCGAGUCUCCCCGCCUUCCACUCGCACAAGCGUUUUUGGCGGCCCAACUCCAAAUGGCGCAUCCCACACAUCAGUUAGUUUUCCUCCAGAAGCUCCCGCUCCCACUUCCUUUCUUCAUCCUAUGAGCACUAGAGUGGAUUUGAGCAGUCCCCGGUUACUGACAAAGAGUUUUGAACAGUAUCCGUAUACUGAUAUCCCUUCUCACAAUCCCACGACAGAACCGACGACACUGAACCCUCCACCUGGUUCAGCACUCGAUACGUACGGAAUGUUUGCUCAACCACUACAUCACCCGCCCCAUGAAAACUUUCCUUUCCAACGAAUCGGUGUACCGCUAUCAGAGGAGAUGCUCGCUAGUCAGGGCGAGCAGCAGUCUGCAUUUUCACAGAUACGUUCCGACCCCAUCAUCCGGUCUUCAUCACCAUCUGCGUCUUCCGGAUCCUCCUCCGAUAUCCCCAUGGCGGGCUCGGACCACCAUGGGCAUUUCAAUCAUCAACAGUGGGGAUUGUCCGAACACGCCGCGGCUCCUCCUACUCAGCUUACUUCUUAUCAGCAGUCGUAG